AUGGAGCAAGAAGAGCGACUAUUGUUUAUUCGAUCAAGAUCCCAUCAUGAUCUAUUUUGGUACGGUGGCGGUUAUCAACGCGGAGGAUCUUUCGCUAUUGAUGGUGGUUCGGUGCACAAGAUUCAAGGAUAUGGAUCCUCUCAUACGAUCCAAGUUUGA